GUUCUCCUGUAUCAAGUUACCGUUUGAGGUAUAGAAUUAUUCUCGAAGUCCGGAAAAUCGAUGGCGCAAAUUAAACAAAAUCCCAUACGUAACCGGGGUCUCACCGGAGUCGCAACGCAUCACGAGAUCGCACGGGGAGAAAUCGUCCAGCAGACCGUCAUGUAAGGGUUCUGAAGGCCACCCUUGACGUAGUUGCACCUACAUCUACAUCUCCCCAUCACCGGCAUUUCAGACGGCACGACGAGAGCUGAUUGCUAGGUAAAAGAACCCUACUGCAGGACAAAAUCAUACUACUAAAAACGGCAUGGGAAUUGGAUGUUAAUCAGGUGAACCGUACAAAAAACACAUGUAACUAAAAGCCGGUUUGUCCCUUACUCCCUCGAUGUAUUUCUGUGGUUGUUUGCUUGAGUGCAGCGUGGAAUUAUCACUGCUGUGCACUGACAUAUACGCAAAUUGCGUUUCUAUAGUGACUGCAAGCGACCGAAGGACAUGAUUGGCACUUCUUUAAUACAGGAUGUUCGCGAACGGGAGACUCGAACACGAAUACUCAGUGAGAGGACGGGCGAAGACGCAGCAAGCAGAGUGUUUUCUCGCCGGCAAAGACAUGUCAAUUAUGCCGUGUGAUUUCACGGACUGAGCCACCUGCGAUGACGGAUAUAGACUCUCUGCUGGUUUUUUUUUUAAUAAUGCAGUGUUGCUCGUAGGCAUGCUGGGACCGACGCGAGGAGCAUAAUACGCGAUGAGUGACUUAGCACGUUAGUAGUACCACUGAGAGAGGGAUAGGCAUUGCGUGUGUCGUCAGGUGGUGCUACACGUGCAUUACAUUUACAUCUUGAACUGCCGGUGUCUACUCACACCAGGAAUAGUCACUUUGCCUAGAAGGCAAGGAUCAAGCCGCUUAGAAUGCCAACGAGCCUCUCCAUACAUACACUACAAAGCUAUCGAGCUAGCAAGAUGCUAGCUCGUGUUUAUCAGUGACCACGCACGUUGGAUUGCCAGAGCGGGCUGGAGGCAGGAUGAGCGGGAACGCGAGCGAAGGAUUCACCGUCCCGCAGAUGGAAUAUUCGACCCCAACCACCGUCUUGACUGGGAUGCAGGUGGGAACUACAAGCCAGACGCCCUGGCAGGAGUGCCAGCUGAGCUGGCAGAAGACUAAGGAUGCCCUGGGAGCUGGGAUGGAAAUCCACGUCUAUGGGUUCGCAGUGGUGUACGCCCUGACAGGUGUUGUGUCUGUGGCCCGGCUGCACAAGCUCUACACCUUCCGGGCCGGGCGGCUCAUGAGUGGCUUCCACUUCAAGAUGAACAUGCACAUAUCCACGCUGAUAUUUAGCCUGCUACGUACCGUAGUACUCUGCCUGGAUCCUUACGGCUCUCGUUGCAGGGUCCUCCUUCUUAUAAUCGAGCUCCUGUGGUCUCUGGCUUUCCCCUGCCUCGCCGUCGCAUUCAGUCUUCUACUCGUGGUGUUAAUGGAAACCACUAAACUGUACCCCAACUUGCCUUGCAUCAUCCACCGUACCUGGACCUUGGUUGCCAGUACCGCCUUGUACACCACGGUUCUGGUACUGAAGGACGUCCUUCAUCAUUUCCUCAUCACGCCAGCAGCCACUACCUUUAAUGUCCUCUCCCUCAUCAUCUUUGGCAUCUGGGGUCUGAUCAUGAUGCUGGGUUACUUCUUCGUCGCUCGAAAGAUCCGCAACAGCUUACGAACUAGUGGCAGCCCUAUCGAGAGCGAAGCACUGCGGAGGUUUUCCAGUUUGCUCCUGGCCUGCGGCUCGGUCGGUCUACUCACUAUCAUGAUGCAGGUAUUCUCGGCAGUCAGCGAGUACGGGCUGAAAGCGCCGCCCAAUGCGGCUCUGGCCAGCAUCAGCCCCUGGGCCUGGUGGAUUGUCCAGUCGGCACUCCGUGCUCUGGAGUCGGCCAUGUGCUGCCUGCUCAUGUUGGUAGCCAGCCGGACAGACAACAAGAGACACGUCCAGGUGGCACCAGGCACGACCUGGGAUUGGCCUAGGAUGCACGGUUGGAGCUUGGAAGCAGUGCCCGCUAGGCCAGGGAGACCGAUACCUGCCGAUCCCAAACAUAACAAGAACUCACCCGCCAUUCCAACACAGUCUACCAUCACUAAACCACCAGACAUCGAAACUCAGGACCUUUAAUUCACAGCCUGUUAAUCGUUGUGUGCAUUGAGUCCUACGCGAUUGCCACUGGUGAGUCCUGAAGGAGAACUCUAUAAUCCAAAAUGUUGGGAUAAAACGGGCUCAAAGCGCGACUUUGUGGUGAGACAAAAGUAGGAUUAACGCAACAUCUUCUUAACUGUAGAUUAGACUUGUAUCACAUACAGAAGAUAACGCAGGCUCACAGAAGAAUUGCAUGUACAUUACCUUGCCGGGUGUGCGGUAAGAAAAAACAGGAAAGACGUCGUGGUACCAAACCAAAGAUUACAAUUACACAGUAAAGCACAUUAAUUAGAAUACUUGUUAAUUGUUUAAAAAAUAUUGAUUGUAUUUAUUUGUGCACUACAAAUAACCGAAGUUUUAAUACAUAUUUGAAGGAAUUGUUGUUGAAUUAAUCGUGUCUAAAGAUCAGUUGUUAAGUGAUGGUACACAAAUCACCCUUAUGAACGUGUUUAUGUUAGAAAAAACACAAGUCUUGUUAUGUAAUGAAACAACACGUCUUGUACCAACACGUUAUGUUAAAUAUUCCACUGAAGUCUUCACCUACAUAGUUUUUUAAUUAACCGCUUUUUAUCAAAACAUAAGGUGUAAAAAGCAAGAUUUGAAAGGCUGAAUUCAACAAUUAUUGACGAUAAACUCAUAUUUGUCUAAGGUCACGAGUCACCCAAGCAUAAGAAAGUUUAUAAUGCUGACUUUAAAGGCCAAUACUUGUUCUUAGUUUCCUCAAUUUAUGAUUUGCCGGACCCACCAUUAUGGGCCAAUAAUACCAAAGAGAUUUUAUGAUGUCCUGUUUAUUAUGAUUUUCACCUUAAAUCGUUGAAUUGGAUUUUCACGAAUUCCUCGCAUGAACCCCUGUAGGCCUUUUAUAAUGAUAGUCGUUGGACUCGAGCCCAAGACCUCCUGAUAACAAGUGCACUCGUCUCAACCGCGGACCUUGCAUAGGCUGGGCAUUCGUCUGCAUCUCAUAUAGCUUUGUGUACUCAUCACCGAUUGACAAAAGAUGUACAUUAUUUAAAUCCAUACACCAAUUUGUCCGAUGAAUACACUGAUUGUUUUCUGAUAAUACCUUGAGUGGAAAUAUCAUUAUUUACAUUCCCAACAAUAGACAUUGUGCGUAGCCGCCAUCUUAGAAGACAUCUAUCAUUUUAAUUCAGUAUAACAAUGUACAAACGGGAAGGUUUUCUAAGAUGGUUGCUACGCAUAAGGUCUUAAAUAGGUGCUAAAUGUCGCAGUUGAUACAGUUCCUGCAGCGUCAUAUCAAGCAUUUACAAAUCCAUUGUUACGUUAUGUGCUGAUUUUUACAUCAAAGUCUAAAAGAAGGGUUAGAAGACAAAAGUGAUACACCUUAGGCCCCCUCAAAUAAAUAAUAAAACACAAAAAGUACUCUAAGAUGACAGAAAACGAUUUUUUUCACGUUUCAUACAAAAAUUACUAAAUGAAACGAAUUGAGAGGAACACACGAAUCCCCUUUACGCGCUGUACUUGCAGUCAAACUCUAUUUUCAUCGGAUAAAGUGCAACCGGCAUUUCCCUCAAUAUUAAUUGACUGAGUAGACAUUAAAAUUGUUAUUACACCUUGCGCCACUCAUUUGCAUAACGCCUCCUCAGCAUUUGAAGUGGCAAUUUUCCGAACUUCUGUUGUGAUUAAAAAAUAGAUCAAAUGCACAUUAGUUGAAACGGGAUAAUUCUUAUGAAGCGAAUAGAUUUAGGAAAGCUAAGAUAUACACUGUACAUCUUACGAAA